UGACGCAGCCGCACACAGCCAAGACACACAGGGCCUUCAGCUUGCCCGGUCGGGGAAGAGUAGAGAGAGUGGAGUAGACCGCACAGGCUCACCGGUACGCUGCAGUGAGAUUGGUGUUGUUGUUCAGAGAGUGUAUCUGUCGGGGCGGUGGAGCAGGAGGAGGCUGUCCGUGUGGCAGUCCCGAAGAGAAGGGGGAGCGCAUUCCUGAAAGUGCCGCUAUUACUGUGGCAACUAAAACGGUGGACAGACGGCUAAACUGCUCACUGUUUACACAAGAGGCUCAGGAGUGGCAUAGUGAGGGGUGACAGAAGGAGACAUGGUGGAUUAUUAUAACGUCCUGGGAGUGUCCAGAACAGCCUCUCAGGAAGACAUCAAGAAGGCGUAUAGGAAACUGGCCCUAAAAUGGCAUCCAGACAAAAAUCCAGACAACAAGGAAGAAGCAGAAAAAAAGUUCAAAGAACUGGCUGAGGCCUAUGAAGUCCUAUCUGACAAGAGUAAACGUGAUGAAUACAACAGAUUUGGAAAUGACAGAAUGCGACACAGAGGUUCCAGCUCCAGCUCAGACUUUCAUUCAGAUUUCCCAGGAUUCACCUUCACAUUCCGCAGCCCAGACGAGGUGUUCAAAGAGUUUUUUGCUGGCCAGGAUCCCUUUGCUAGCUUCUUUGAUGACUUCUCAUCAUUUGCAGGCUCGUCUUCUCGCCUCGGCCCUAGUCGGUUUUUCUCUUUUCCUUCAGCUGGAGCUGAUUUUACCUCCUUUUCUUCCCUCGGUGGUCUGCAUGGGAUGGAAAACAUGGGUGGAGGGAUGGGCAACUUCAAAUCGGUUUCUACCUCUACUCGUAUUGUAAAUGGCAAACGCACCAUCACUAAGAAGAUAAAGGAGAAUGGGCAGGAAAGAACAGAGAUUGAGGAGGAUGGGGUGUUAAAGAGUGUCCUAAUUAAUGGUGUGGAGGAUGAAAUGGCCCUCGCGCUGGAGUUGAGCCGACGAGAGGGACAGCCCCAUCAAUCACCUCAGAAGCCUCAAGUCCAUAACAAAUCAUCUGUUGAGUCUGACAAAUCUCGCCCCAGCCCAGGCACAUAUCGGUCAUUUAGCUCCGCACCCUGCUACGACUUAGGAGGAGUUACUGGAAGCAGUGAUGAUGAUGAAGAUGAUGAAGAUCUGCAGAUGGCUUUGGCAUACAGCCUGUCAGAAUUGGAUGCCCAGCAGAGAGCAGCUGUUACCGACGCCAUAUCAGGUGCUAUGGGCGGGGUCAAAGUCAAGAUUAACAAAAAGGUUGUUAAGACCAAAAAUACAAAUACAAAUGGCAAUGAAAAGGUUUUUAAAGAGGAGAAAGAGGAAGUGAAGCAGUUUAAAAAGGGCCCAGGGCCUGGAGCAAAGUGGGAAAAGGAGGAAGAGGGAACCAGAGAGCCAUGCUUGUCUUCUGAGUCACCCACAACUGCCAGUACUACACCACAAAGCCAGUGCAGUAAAGAGGUUGACUCUGCCAUAAAAAGUAGAGAAGGCAGUGGAAAGAAGAAAAAUAAGUGUGGGUGCAUUGUGUGCUAAUGCAGCUUGUGUGUGGGGGUUUGUUUGGAUUGCCUUAUUCUUUAUACUUACCUCAGUGUUUUGCCAGCAGCAAGGCUCUGAUGUCUAAUAUAAUGUGAUUGCCAGACUCUUAAUUUGAGGCAGUGCCUCGACUGAUCACCAGGCUUUUGUGUAGAUUUAACACCUCAAAAUGGGACAGUGAGUCAGCUUUGAAAAGUUUUGUGGUAUCUUGCUGCUUUUCUUUGUCAAUUGCCAACGCAGACAUUUCCACAUAUUCUACCAAUCCAGCCAAGCAUUAACACUGUUUUGUUUUUGUGCAUGCAAAGAAAUACAGAGGAUUGUUUUUCAAUGUAUAUGGAUAUACCAAAUAUUAAUGUAGACAUAAAGGAGAGGGAUUAAGAGGGAUUUAGAUGUGGCUAAAUGAUUGAAAUCCCAAUAAGGGAGAGUGAUGUGUGUGUGUGUGUGUGUGUGUGUGUGUGUGUGUGUGUGUGUGUGUGUAUGUGUGUGUGUGUGUACUCAUGCAUGGUUUUCUGUGUGCUACUUUGUGUGUUUGGGUCAUUUGGGACCGUGCCAUAGAAAUUUCUCAUUCAGUCUCUCUGGCAAAAGGAUUGUAUCAGAACUGUGUCACACUCAGCCCAGCCUCAAACAAUGGAUCUAAAGCAGACCACAGAACUUUCUCUAGUAAACUCAAACUAGUUUGAUUUGAAAAAUAGUGUUUACUCAUCAACUGAUAGUGAUUUCUCGAAUAUGUAUUUGGGAACAGUCUACUUUGUAAAUACAGUAAUUUGUUAACACAUACAAGCCUCUGUCAGAAUUGCAGCCCGGCUUUUACACUGUUGUAUAGCUUGAACAGUCAGGCUGCUAGUGAGACUCAAUUCAUUAAUUUGAAUGUCUUAAACAGAAAAAUCCUUAAUCCAAACUACUGUAGGUAAUCAGAUUUAGGAUGAAGUAUUUUCAGAAAACUCUUAAUGAUGCUUUAAAUAAAUAUUUUGUACAGGUAAAGCACAGUGCAAACCAAUGUGCACAGAUUUACGACUGAAUGUAAACCCCAGUUGCGCAUAUCAUGAUAUAAAUGUUUUAUAUUUUGAUCCUUUUAGUGCCUUUGCAUGUCAAAACUACAUGUUUACAUCGUCACUGCAAAUGUGCCAAGUCAGAAAAAAAAACAAAUUACUAAGCAAAUGCAUGUGAUCAGCGACAUGAAGCUGUCACAGAAAGCAGAGCAGAUGGAACCAAAUGCAAGAGACCGAAGGCAGGGCUAAAGGAAACUGAACUGACAAGAACAGACAAAAACAAGAAUUGACAAAGAAUCCAGCAAAGACUUAACAGAAAAUCAAGAUUUAAAUACAAACAGAACUAACUAGGGAAUGGGGAACAGGUUACAAGACACAAGUGCAGGCUGGGAGGACACUGGUGACAGGCCAGGGCUGACAAGACUGAUACAUGACAGGUGUGAAGUCUGGGGAAAAACACUAAGGGCAAGGCAGGGCUAAUGAAGCAGAUGCAGGGCAGGUGUGGAGGGAAAAAUGGCCUGGGGAGGAGUGCAGGAACACAGAAGUGAAACAGUAAACUGAAAAUCAAAACAAUCCAAAUAUAAACACGCAAAACCAAAUGACUGAACAGAAAUACAACACUGGAAAUCAAGAGAACAAAAUACAAAGAGUCCUAAACCCAUGAGUCCAUGACAGAAGCUUUUUUGGCUCCCAAAGAGAAAAUUGACAAAGUCUACAUUUUGUGAUAGUGAGUGUUGUCAAGUAUUCACUCAGAUCUGAGGUGAGUGAGUGAUUAAAUUAAAUUAAGUAAAAUUAUGAGUUUCAUCACCCAAAUAAUACUUGUUUAAUUCUAUGUGGACAGAGUAGGGGAGGUAUUAUAGCUGCAUUUUCCUUCUAACAGCAUGUGUUUAUGAAGUGCUCUUGUUAAAAAAAAAAAAAACCCACCUGCUUCAGUGAAGCUGCUUCUGUGUGCAAAAUAAUGUAGACUGUUUGUACUAUAGGGAAACUCCAUAAACGUCCCUGCGCUGAUUCCCUCUAGGCUACUAGUUAAGAUAAGUGCUGCCAAAAUGAAGGACAUAUCUAUAAGAGUCGAUGAGAAUACAUAGGCUAUGUUUUGGUUUCGAAUUGUGAUGUGUUUUUUCCAGUUUACAGUCAUUGUCCAUGUCAGCUGCAGCUGAGAUGGGUUUUGUAUUUUACUAAAUUUGCAGUAUUUUAUUUGUUUGCCAGUAUGUCCCCACAUUUGCACUGGAGCAUACUCAAAAAACAAAAAGAAAAGUGCAGAGCACAAGAGCUGCUCGUUUACCCGCACUGUAUGUUGUUAUGUGGGCAGAAGGAAGGAGUGAGAUGUUGAGUGUUUGAUUUUAGGGUUACUUUGGUACUAAUAAAAGCCAAAAUUGCCUGGCUCCAGACCUCAGAGUCACAGCCCUCAUUUCCAGUUUUCUCAGUGAUGUGAACGCUGAAAUGUGAAACGUAAACACAAUUCAGUCUGAUUAUCAGGCUAACUCUUACUGUCAGCUGCACAUGCACACAUUCAUAGAUGAACACUGCUCUAACUGAAAAACUGUUUUAAAUGUAUGAAAUAAGGCUGAAAGUAAUAGAAAGGCCUAUUAAAAAUAUUCACUGCAAGUAAUGUUUUUUUUUUACUACUGUUCAAAAACAUGCCUAUUUUAAGUGUCUUAUUACAGGCAGUGUCCCUUUUCCUGUCCUGAUUUUACAAAGCUGAUAGAGCACUAUUUGGUUGUCAUAUAUUUUUCAUGAGUGCUUUAUACAUUUUUCACAGCAUGAAUUUUUCUUUUACAUUUAAAGGUUGACACUCAUCACUGGCAGAAUUGCGGGCAUGGCUGUGAGAACAUAGAUUUUGCUCUGUUUAUUCAAAAGUUGUUUUUCAUUUAUCCUCUUCAAACUGUUAUUUGCUGAGUGUGGAUGGGGAACAGAGAGGAAGAGAGAAAGAGGCAGAUGGUUACUCAUAAACAGUAAAUUUAUAUCAGCCUGUAUUAUUUGUACUACAUUGAAUUGCCCUGUGUUUUUGUUCUUUUUUUAUUACAGAUUGUUAAGAAAGGAAAUAAUUAAUAAAGAUUGAGGCAAAAAGA